CAUUUGGCUUCGUAUUCGAGAAUGUGCUGCCUUCUAUCUUCCGACGCCUGACUCCAAGCUCGCAAAUCGUUAGUAGAAGUAUAACUCUUCAUUCUACCCUCCGAUCGGGUACUGGUUACAGCCGGCUGAUCGUCAGCGCUCUCCAAAAACGCGCGGACCUUGUUGCUUAAAUACGUCAUUUUUAUUCCAUACGAACGAAAAAUUUCCCAAAACACUUUCACGCAUUCGCAAAGUUCUUGUCAAAGUUGAUAUCAAAAAAUUUAUUUGACGGGUAAUCACGGAGCAAAAUCAUCAGCGUUUAAAAUUCGAAGUAUUCAGUAAUCAUAUCAUAAUUGGAGGAGAAUAGUAAGUUUUCAUGCGAGACUUCCAUUUAGGUUUAGAGCCGUGCAAUAUUUUUUUCAUCGAUGACCUUCAUAAAUCACAACUUGCGCUCGUUUCUGGACGCGUCCUGCAUCACUCCGCUCAAGCGCCGCUCGGAGGGUAGGCUCAAAGACUACUUAUCUACAGAAGAUGUUCGAACGUGGUGCCUGAGGACCCAGGAUCAGAGAAUGCAAAUACUCGACCUGGUAACGCGGGAUUAUUGCUUCGGCGACAGCGAUUUGCUCAAAGUUGUCCUUCCAUUCAUGCAAAUUAAGUAUUUGAACGAAGUGAAAAAGUGUUGCAGACUCUUGUGGUUGUUUCUAACAGAACUCGAUCUUUCUGAGGACGAUAAAUCCAGACUGGAAUGCUUGAAAUUUCAAUUGGGCUCGAUUUUCAAGCAAAUACUCUGUGGUUGUCAAUGUUCUGAUAUAGGCCUGCGAUGUGUGUGCUCAGAAUGCAAUGAAAUUCAAUGUGAUUGCAUUCAAGACGAGUGCGUGUGUGGUCUAAAAGAUGGAGAAGAGGAACAAGAAGAAGAAGAAGAUGACGAAGAAGGCGGCGGCGAAGAAGAAGAAGCAGAAACGGAAGAAGAAAUGGCCGAUGCAAUGGAAGAUCCUUCCGUCAAACAGGAAGAUCCUUCCGUCAAACAGGAAGAUCCUUCCGUGCAUUCUUCCGUGCAUUCUUCCGUGCAUUCCAACCGACUCUCAAGAGAACCAGAAUGCAAGUGUUACGAAGAAAGCCCGUGCAUUUGCAAGAAAGCACCCUCCCCCUAUUCUUGCAUUAAAAAAGAAGCUGACGACGCCGUGAAGGUAUCUUCCAGCAAUCGGUUUUCGGGCAGCAGCAAUUUGAGCGACCAAGGCGAAGGCAGCAAAUUGAGCAAUCGGCAACGGGGCAGCAAAACGAGCAGUGCCUCAGAAAGGAGCAAGGUGAGCGUUCGUCCAGAGAGCAGCAGGACGAGCAGUCGCCGAGGUAACAGCAAUUUGAGCUUCCACGAUGCGGAAGCAUGUCGAUGCGGCUUCGGGUUCGGAUGCACUUGCGGCAACGAUAGGAAAACCGAUAAAGAACGAUCAUCAACGCAGUUAUCACCAUCAGGAAGUGCAAUGAAAUCAGCGAGUCAAGCGUCCCAAGAAAAAAUGGCAUCACCAUCAGGAAGCAACAGAAGUGCAAUGAAAUCAUCAAGCCAAGCAUCCCAAGAAAAACUUAGAUCAUCUUUAAGAAUCCAAGAACAAGGUAGUAAAACAACCAACCUUGAAGGGACCAGUAAAAUAAGCGAUCUCCAAGAAAGUAGCAAAUUGGAUAUUCAUCCAGAGACCAGCAAGCUAAGCGGUCGCAAGGGUAGCAGCAUUCUGAGCUUCCAAGAUGCUGAGAAGUGUUGUUGCGACAUGGGCUUCGAAUGUGUCUGCGGAAUUACGGAAAGUACAGAUAAAGAAAGAUCAUCGACGCAGAUAUCCCAACGCAUCGGAUCGCAGAUAUCCCAACAAAAAUCGGCCUCGUUCUCAAGUUCCGGCGAAUCGCCAAGUUCCUCAAGUACAGUGAAAUCGCCAAGUACCUCAAGUACAUUAAAAUCGCCGACUCAAAAAAUAUCCCGAUGCUUAAGAGAUCGAAGUAAACCAACGCAAUUAUCACAAGAAAAGUUGAAAUCUUCUUCGCAAAUAUCCAACGAUAUUGACCCGGAGAAAUCUGCACCGGAUGUGUCCAAUGCUACAAAAAAAUCGUUGUCGCAAAUGAUGAGCGACGCGGUGAAAUCGAUGAGUCAAAUGUCUGCUAAAUCUGCAUCUAAACGAGAAUCGAUAACUGAUGGUAAAUCUAAUGCAGAGACGAGAGGAUAUGUCUGCCCUUGCGAAAAAGGAUUCAAAUGCACCGUGUACGAGGAACCUCCUGAUGUGCAAGGCGAAUCAACGACGCGACUUUCCGAAAGUAACUCGAAAAAAUUGCCGUCGAUAGACGAGGAAAAAAAUUCGAGAAACAAUAGUUUAAGCAGCCGAGUCAGUAAUUCCAAAAACAACAGUGUAACUAGCCGAGUCAGUAAUUCCAGAAACAACAGUAAAACUAGCCGAGUCAGUGUGAAUGAAGAAAUCAGUAAUGUUAGAUGCCCUUGUGGAUUAUUGAUCGAUUGUGAUUGUGAAAAACGAUUAGAAGAACCAGCACGAUCAUCGUUGCGUAUAUCAGAAGCUUCAGUACACUCCAAAACUGCGAGUGAAAACGCGAGUUCCGGUGAGAUAAUCGCAAAAGUGAAUUCCGAAGAAAUCAGUAAUGUUAGAUGCCCUUGUGGAUUAUUGAUCGAUUGUGAUUGUGAAAAACGGUUCGAAGAACCAGCACGAUCAUCGUUGCGUAUAUCAGAAGCUUCAGUACACUCCAAAACUGCGAGUGAAAACGCGAGUUCCGGUGAGAUAAUCGCAAAAGUGAAUUCCGAAGAAAUCAGUAAUGUUAGAUGCCCUUGUGGAUUAUUGAUCGAUUGUGAUUGUGAAAAACGGUUCGAAGAACCAGCACGAUCAUCGUUGCGUAUAUCAGAAGCUUCAGUACACUCCAAAACUGCGAGUGAAAACGCGAGUUCCGGUGAGAUAAUCGCAAAAGUCAAUUCCGCUGAUCAAGCUAAUGAAAAGGCUGCUUCUUUCACGGAAAUCGAUCAAAACGGAGACGAUAGUGACACCGAAGAAAACUUUUUCGGCUGUACAUCAAUCGUCUCUAUACAAAAACAACCGAAAGCUUAUUUGAUCGAAAAAAUCCCUGUAUUUCCCACAGGUAUAUGUACUUGUUCUACAAAUCAACCAGAAGAUAAGCUUUGCAUGAGCGGCAAAGAUGUCGUUGAGGACGUUGAAGACGUUAAAGACAAUGAAGACGUUGAAGACGUUGAAGACAAUGAAGACGUUGAAGACAAUGAAGACGUUGAAGACGUCGAAGGCGUUAAAAACGAUAAUGCAGAUUCUUCAGCAGUGGUUAACGACGAUAAUAAUGAUUGCCAAUGCAGGAUUUCUGAUGAUAGUAAAGAUUGUACAGUAAUGUCGAUUUUUACGCGAACGAUUCCAACGAAAGCCAGCUUAUUUUCCACCAUGGGGUUAGAUUUCAACAAGAAGCAGGAACAAUCAAUUAAAACAUUGAUGGAUGCCUUAGAAAAAUGCAGAGAAAUGUGUAGGAGACACCAACGUAAAAUAUCUUCGCUGCAACACUCGAGGAACAUUCUCACUGAUAAAAUUCAGGAUUGCAUUAGCGAUUUAGAAUUGCUGAGAGCUAGCAAUCAUGACAUAACACCUGUGGCGCAGAAGGAGAUAGAGCAAAAAAUCAAAUUGGAACUAAAAUCUCUUAAACACUAUUGCGUGAAAUUGGGCGAAGUUGAUGAACAAAACCAACAAUUAAAAAUCAACCAAAAAAUACUAAAAAAGAAUCUAUCCGAUAUGUUGAAAAAUGAUAAAAAUGAAGAAUUGGACAAAGUAACGAAAGAACGCGACUUUUUGAAAGAAAAAAUACAAAUUCUGGAAAAGCAACUAAAAACUCAGAACUCUGAUGAUGAUAUUAGUGAUCGCAUGCCACAGCCAAAUUUUAUCAAUUUAAACAAUUUACGCGAUUUACCAAUGCCUAAUACACACACCAAUUCUUUGAAAGGGCAGCUGGAAGACAAAUCCAAACAAGUCCUCGCACUGGAGAAUAAAGUAAAUUUCUUAACCGCUGAGAAUAAAUACCUGGAAGUACAAAAAAUUGAAGGAAGAUGUAAACGCUUGCAAAACGAAAUACAAGAUUUGUUAACUGAACGACAAAUAUUAAUAACCAAAUUAAAUUUAUCGGAGAAAGAAAGAAGCUUCCUGUGUGGCAGAUUAAAAGACAUGGAGCUAGUUAAAUUGGAAAGGGACAAACUACUAAUCGAUAUUAGAGACAUGGAACACGUUCAAAUCGAUAAAGAAAAUCGAUCGAUAAAUUUGGGCUUGAAAUGCAAACAGCUGGAGAAUAAAUUAAACCAAGAAAAUAAAUACAAAACCAUGUACGAGGAACUAUUAGUUGCUCAAAAUCCAACUGCCGUCGAAAACGAAUUAUUAAAAAAAGAAUGCUCCACUCUCAGAGCUCAAGUCAACUGCUUACAGAAGCUAAUCAAAAGCCAAGAAACCGAAAUGACCAGAUUUAUGGAUCAAUUCGACAAAACAAUCCAAUUGAAAGAGGAGUCGCAGGUUCGAAUGCGCGAAAUUCUAUCCAGCCUCAGGCAGGAACUGGAACUGAAAGAUUCGAUAAUCGCGAAAUCCGAAGAGAAGAUCCAGCAGGCAGAAAGCGAGCUAAAAUCCACCAUGCAAGGCGUCGCCUGCGAAAGGAAUUGCUACAAAUCCAUCCUCACUCAAUUAGAGGACGAGCUGAACAAAGCCAAGAAGGAAAUACACGAAUUAGAGAGCGCAAUCAACGAAAAAAUCUCGUUCAACGUGGAUCGCACCGUUUUCGAAGAAGUCAAAGCGCAAUUGGACGUGGCCAGAGAGAAAAACGAGCAGUUGCAACAAGUCAUAAAAUCCAUGGGUUCAUUCAACGGUAACGAGCACAUUCAUAAGUUGUUAAAACAAUCGGAACUGGCAAUCAAAUCAUUGAUGGCAGAAAUAUCAAGGCAGUAUAAAAUCAGGCAUAAAAUACGGCACAUGCCGAAUUGCCGUUAAUUAUGAAGAGGGGCGCUUUUAGAAUUUAAUUAGGGAUCUUGUCGGGCAUUUUUCAUGUUGUAAAGUAUUUAUUUUUUGGGCAUUCGAAGGACGCUUGUUUACAAAACUUAGUUAACUUUUUUUUUGUUUUUGGAUAUUCACUAUUGUCUUCUAAGAAGUACAUAUCUACAUAUCGUAUUUCAAUUAAAUAUAAUUCAAUUGCAGAAUUAAUUGUUCCUUUUAUUGAUAAUUCUGUAAUUUCGAUUACGAUUAUCUUGUUCCUCUGUGAUAAUCGUUAAACUGUUUAGUAAUUCAUUGUGAAAACUUUUCCUUAUAGGAUCCUUCGCAAAAAUCAUUGCAAUUAUUUCUAUUCUCCCUGAAUGCCCAAAAAUCCUUAAUUUUUAUAUUUUAAAUUCUUUUUUCCUUAUUUGGGAUAUCGCAUCAAUGUAGUAUUGCCGAUAUGCUGUAUAACAGAUGUAUUUUCA